CCUGUGGGAGUCCAGCAUCCUUAAUCUCCUGGCCACCUGCUGGCCCCUCCUCCUCUUUUGCAUAGCGUGGGAAACCUGCCGGGGAGGUCUUAGACUUUCCGUGCUCCAGCUGAAGCCACCUCCCCCCCCCACCUCUGUCCUCGGGCUAGGGCUGCAGGUGUCUCGAGUCACGUCUGCAAGCGGCAGCUGAUUGAUGAUUAAGCCGAGGGACACAAGGUGACCUCAGGCCCGAGUCCCGCCUCCGGGCCUCAGUUUCCUCCUCCCCCUUUACUUCCGAGGUCCGCAAAAGACCAGCUUCCUCCGUAGUGACUCAGUUUCCCUUCCUGGGUCGGUAGGUCCUGGACUGACGACGGUGAGCGGGGGGCGUUUACUAUUCAGUGUCACGCCUGGGCGGAGCCACGCCCCUCCUCGCGCUAUUGGCGGGGCCCACUUGGGGCGUGGCUGUUGGCUCGCCCCGCCCACCCUGCACUAUAAAAGCAGCGCCGGCGGCGCGUGGUAGGGGACUUUCUGGCGGGGGUCAGCGAAUGUUUCUGCGUCCGCUAGGCGAGUUUGCGUCCCGAGGCUGCAGCGUCUGCACCUUGCGCCGUCGGGUUGCCGGUUUGAAGCCAGGGCCUGCGUGUGGUGCGUUCACGGCCCAGGGCACGAUGCUGUUUGACAAGGUGAAAGCGUUCUCGGUGCAGCUGGAUGGUGCGAUCGCGGGCGCCGAACCCGUGUUCAGCGGUGGUCAGACCGUGGCGGGACGAGUGCUGCUGGAGCUGGCGGGCUCGGUGCGCGUGGGUGCCCUGAGGCUGCGCGCGCGGGGCCGCGCCCACGUGCAUUGGACCGAGUCGCGCAGCGCUGGCUCCAGCACCGCGUAUACGCAGAGCUAUAGCGAGCGCUGGGAGGUCGUGAGCCACCGCGCCACGCUACUGGCACCAGACACCGGGGAGAUCACCACGCUGCCCCCUGGUCACCAUGAGUUCCCGUUCAGCUUCCAACUGCCCCUGACCCUGGUGACAUCUUUUGAAGGCAAGCACGGCAGUGUCCGCUACUCCAUCAAGGCCACCCUCCACCGGCCCUGGGUCCCAGCACGCCGGGCAAGGAAGGUGUUCACUGUCAUUGAGCCUGUGGACAUAAACACACCUGCUCUGCUGGCACCGCAGGCCGGAGCCCAGGAAAAGAUGGCGCGAUCCUGGUAUUGUAACCGCGGCCUCGUCUCCCUCUCGGCCAAGAUCGAUCGCAAAGGUUACACCCCAGGAGAAGUCAUCCCGGUCUUUGCUGAGAUCGACAACGGCUCCAAGCGACCUGUGCUCCCUCGGGCGGCCGUGGUGCAAACACAGACCUUCAUGGCGCGCGGCGCGCGGAAGCAGAAACGCGCGGUGGUGGCCAGUCUCUUGGGAGAGCCGGUGGGCCCAGGACGGCGGGCGCUGUGGCAGGGCCGGGCGCUGCGGAUCCCCCCUGUGGGUCCCUCCAUCCUUCACUGCCGAGUGCUGCACGUGGACUAUACGCUUAAGGUGUGUGUGGAUAUUCCGGGCACAUCCAAGCUGCUCCUGGAGCUGCCGCUGGUCAUUGGCACCAUCCCCCUGCACCCUUUCGGCACCCGGUCAUCCAGCGUGGGCAGCCACGCGAGCUACCUGCAGGACUGGGGACUGGGGGCCCUGCCUGAGCUGCGGGAAGCCCCACCUGAGUACUCAGAGGUGGUGGCAGACGAGGAGGUGGCCUCCGGGCAAAGCCCGUUCCCCCUGCUGCAGGACCCUGCCAUGAGCCUGGAAGGGCCCUUCUUCACCUACAUCCAGGAAUUCCGCUACCGGCCGCCUCCCCUGUACUCCGAGGAGGAUCCAAACCCACCCUCCGAGGCCCCGAGGCCACGCUGCAUGACCUGCUGAGCCGUAAAGAACACCUCGAGGGACGAGGGACGAGAGUAUACACGUAUUUUCAGCCACUGGGACCGUGAGAAGCAGCCAGACCAAGAACUCCCCAGCCUGACUGCAUUGAAGUCAGGGAGAUCGAGUCUCAGGAUGGGACGGGGCUGUUCGGAUCCCACACAUGACAGAGAACAGAGCUAGGCCUGAAUCUCUAUCCGGACUGGCCGUCAUGAGUCAUGGAACGCCUGGCACAAGAUCUGGGAGACUGUUAAAUCUCUUUGUACUCAGCCUGUGGGCAGUACUAGGAUCCCCCCCCGACUGGGACAGAGUCUGACAUAUCCAACAUCCUGGAACCAGAAUAGGGGACCAAACACUGGGAGAGUUCAGAGGGGAAGCAGAGAUGGCUUCCUGGAGACAAGGGCAUUUUCGCUGGGGCUUUGGCGUAUGAAUAGGAGUUCGGCAAGCAGCUAGCUAAAUGAGGAGGAAAAGUCGGAGAAGGUCUGAGUUGAGUCACGCUUGGAGCCCCCUUGGGGGUGGUUCAGAGGGCAGGUGUCUCUGUCGAGGCCACGCAGGGUGGUCUAGCAGGUUGAGGUGGCCCAGGAAUGAGAUACUCAAAAAGCAAGACACAGAACCAAGUGAGCCUAUGGGUGGCAGGAGCAGCAGCUCCAGCCUUUGAAGAUUCUGAAAGCUGGAAAUUUCGGGCCCAAGCUGGCGCCAGGACAUGGGGCUGCCUGGUCGUUCGGAGGUCCCAGGGAACGGAUAGAUGAGACCAGAUAUGUAGCUUGCAAAAUGACCCUAUGGAGCCCCAUGGUGGAGCAGUGAACCAGGCCCUGGGGACAGGGGUCAGCCGGGGGUGACACACAUGGGGGGUGGGAAGUUGCACUUCCUAUGUCCUGAAAGAGAAAAAGGUCAGAGGUUAGAUGGAGAAGCCCCUAUGCAGAGUCUCAGCUCUGGCUGGGGCAGGACCCCACCUGGGACUCGAACAUUUCUGAUAAGCCUUAAGACUUUAUUCUCUUUUGUACAGUUAUUUUUUUACAUAAUAAAAGCCUGGAUGGAUUGGA